UCGUAGCUCUGACUGUGAAUGCUUUGUCAGAGCACGAAUUCCAAACAUUAUUGUGGUCGUCGAGCUACAAAAUAACAACUGCAACGUCGGAGGACAGGAAUUGACUUUAGACCGGGUAUAUAAGGUAACACCGCUGGAGUCAAGCGAACUCUGGGCCGAUUGGCGCAUACCACGGCACGGCGGUUUAUAGCAGCAGCAGGCAAGAUAGGCGCGCGCGACCGGACAGUGUUGGUAGCGUGCACGUACGUCCGUCAAGUUUUUAGCGAGAUACCGAGGGCUCAAGCAAGACAGGCUAUAUAACAAAACCAGCCAACGACCUAGAGGAGAACAACGUGACAUAUCACACGGCGUGUGUAUUGCUGUAAUAAGUUUCUUCGUUGAUAAUGGCGGCAGAACUGGAGGGAUUCCAACAACUACUCAACACUCUCCUUAGCACGGACAAUGAUGUCCGCUCGCAAGCAGAGGAGGCAUACAAAAAUUUACCUGUGGAGAGCAAAGUUCAAUUGCUCCUCAGAUUUUUAUGUGAUACAUCUGUGACAGAAGAAAUCAGGGGAAUGGCUGCAAUUUUAAUCCGUCGACUUUUUUCUUCUGAAUUCAUGGAGUUUUACCCUAAGAUUCCUCCUGAAGGACAAGUUCAGUUGAAACAGCAACUUUUAAUGGCAAUCCAAAAUGAACAAUCACCUAGAAUCAGACGUAGAGUAUGCGAAGUCAUUGCUGAAGUUGCUAGAAAUUUGAUUGAUGAUGAUGGUAACAAUCAAUGGCCUGAGUUUCUUCAAUUCCUAUUCCAGUGUGCAAAUGGCCCAGUGCCAGCUUUGAAGGAGAGUGCUCUUUGCAUGUUUACGUGUGUUCCAGGUGUUUUUGGCAAUCAGCAAGCUAAUUACUUGGAUUUAAUCAAACAAAUGUUGCAACUUUCAGUGAACGAUACAUCUAAUUACGAAGUUCAAUUUCAAGCUGUACGAGCUGUUGGUGCAUUUAUAAUGCUUCAUGAGAAAGAAUCAAACAUUCAAAAGCAUUUCGCUGAACUUGUACCAGCAGUAGUUCUUGUAACAGCUCAGUCAAUUGAGAAGCAAGAAGAUGAUGCUUUAUUGAAAGUUUUAAUUGAUCUAGCUGAGUCAACGCCAAAAUUUUUGCGUUCACAACUGGAGCCCAUCAUGGAAAUGUGCAUGAAAGUCUUUUCGAAUGAAGAUAUGGAAGACUCUUGGAGACAAUUAGCUCUUGAAGUUAUUGUUACACUGGCUGAAACUGCUCCUGCCAUGGUUAGGAAAGUUGGAGGGAAAUAUAUUGCUGCUUUGGUGCCAUUAGUUUUGAAGAUGAUGACGGACUUAGAAAAUGACGAAGAGUGGAGUUUUUCAGACGAGAUUAUCGAGGAGGACAACGACAGUAAUAAUGUAGUGGCUGAAAGUGCAUUGGACAGAUUGGCUUGCGGUCUUGGCGGUAAAACAAUAUUACCGCAAAUUGUGCAAAAUAUUCCUUCUAUGUUAAGCAGCACUGAUUGGAAGUACAGACAUGCUGCACUUAUGGCUGUGUCUGCUGUUGGUGAAGGAUGCCAUAAACAAAUGGAAGUUAUUUUACCACAAAUCAUGGAAGGAAUCAUGCAAUAUUUACAAGAUCCGCAUCCAAGAGUAAGAUAUGCAGCUUGCAACGCAGUUGGACAAAUGUCAACUGACUUUGCACCUACAUUCGAAAAGAAAUUUCAUGAAGUAGUAAUUCCAGGACUCUUAUUGGUUCUUGAUGAUAAUGCAAAUCCUCGAGUUCAAGCUCAUGCUGGAGCUGCACUCGUCAAUUUUAGCGAAGAUUGCGCCAAAAAUAUCCUCAUGCCGUACCUGGACGCAAUCAUGAGUAAACUCGAAUCGAUUUUAACGGCCAAAUUCCAAGAGCUUGUUGAGAAGGGCACUAAGCUCGUUUUGGAACAAGUUGUCACAACGAUCGCAAGUGUUGCCGACACAUGCGAAGAGCAGUUCGUAAAAUAUUACGAUAGACUAAUGCCAUGUCUCAAGUAUAUCAUUAAGAAUGCCACUCAGCCUCAGCACAAAUUGUUACGUGGUAAGACAAUUGAAUGUGUCAGUCUUAUUGGACUUGCUGUUGGAACUGAAAAGUUUAUUGCGGACGCGAACGAAGUUAUGGACUUAUUACUGAAGACACACACAGAUUUGCCUGAGGAUGACCCACAACUGAGCUACUUGAUUUCCGCUUGGGCUCGUCUCUGCAAGAUUCUUGGAAAGCAAUUCGAGCAAUAUUUGCCCCUGGUUAUGCCCACAGUUUUGCAAACGGCAUCGAUGAAGCCUGAAGUCGCUCUAUUAGAUAAUGAAGAUAUGGAAGACGUAGAAAGUGACGUUGAUUGGCAGUUUGUAUCGCUCGGAGAACAGCAGAACUUUGGUAUCAAGACGGCCGGUCUUGAAGAUAAAGCAUCUGCUUGUGAGAUGCUCGUAUGUUACGCUAGAGAGUUGAAGGAAGGUUUUGCCGAUUACGCCGAGGAUGUCGUACGGCUGAUGGUUCCUAUGCUUAAAUUCUACUUUCACGAUGGAGUAAGAACAGCUGCAGCAGAGAGUUUACCAAAUCUCUUAGAAUGUGCCAAAAUUAAAGGACCACAAUAUUUAGAAGGUAUGUGGGACUACAUCUGUCCAGACCUUCUCAAAGCUGUAGAUACCGAACCAGAAGUUGACGUACUACUGGAACUCUUGUAUUCCCUUGCAAAAUGCAUUGAAACACUAGGCGCUGGUUGUUUAGGACCACAGUCAAUGAACGAACUUUUACGUAUUCUUGACAAGCUUCUAAAUGAACACUUUGAGAAAGCAGUUGCUCGACUAGAAAAACGAAAAGACGAAGAUUACGAUGACGUAGUGGAAGAGCAACUUGCGGAUGAAGACAACGAAGAUUUAUAUACUUUGAGCAAGAUCGCCGAUAUCUUUCAUGCCCUCUUCAUCACUUAUAAGUCCACGUUCUUCCCCUACUUCGAUCAGCUGGUCGGGCAUUUUGGCAAGCUACUAGCGCCUAACAGACCAUGGUCAGAUCACCAGUGGGCUUUGUGCGUAUUCGAUGACGUAAUUGAAUAUGGAGGUCCCGAAUGCGUGAAAUACCAGGAGUUCUUCCUGCGCCCACUGAUCCAAUAUAUCUCCGACAAAUCGGCCGAGGUUAGGCAAGCAGCAGCUUAUGGUUGUGGUGUUCUCGGACAGUUCGGUGGUGAAGCAUUCGCACAAGCUUGCGCUGAGGCCUUGCCCAGGUUGAUGGAAGUCAUCAAUGAUCCAGAAUCGCGAAGUGUGGAGAAUGUCAAUCCUACGGAAAAUGCCAUCUCGGCUGUGACGAAAAUAUUAAAGUAUAACAACAAAGCGAUCAAUGUUGAUGAAAUUCUUCCACAUUGGUUGUCUUGGCUACCGGUUGUAGAGGAUGAAGAUGAGGCACUACACAUAUAUGGAUAUCUAUGUGAUUUAAUUGAAGCUAACCACCCCGUAGUUUUAGGCCCAAAUAACUCAAAUUUACCGAGACUUAUCAGUUUCUUCGCUGAAGCACUAAACAAAGAAGUUGUAUCUUCUGACAAUCCAGUACAUGUCAGGAUUCUCAGCAUUGUUAGGCAGAUUCAGAGUAACGAAACCCUCUUUCAAGCAUGCAUAAAUGUUUUAACAACAGAUCAACAACAAGCACUACACGAAGCUCUCAGUGCGCAACCUCCAAAUCAAUAAAGCCUUUGCUAACAAAUAUAUUGACUUUAACUUCGUAUAAUUAUAAAAUAAAAACAGAACAUGUCUGGGAUAUUUGCCGGAUCUUAAUUUAAUGAAGAAUCACUGAGUAUAAUAGGUAAUUAGAACUUUACCUACUGCGGGAGGCAUUAAUAGGAGAAAUGAGCCUCAUUCAUACAGCCUAACUUUUUAGCAUACAGAAGAGAGCACAGGUGUAAUCGACUGUUUUGCUUGAUACUGUUAUUGUUAAUGAUGAUACUUCUCCAGCGAAAAAGAUAGAGGUUUUUUCUUAGUAAACACUAAAUUUAUUGUAUUAACAUAACACUAUAGAUUCACACUAUCUGUUAUAAAUUAUGUCGAUUUAUAACAAAAAGAUUAUGAAAUAUAGUUUACUUUGAAUAAGUUCGCAAUGACGAAAUGACUAUUUUUGUAACGUAAGUUAUUAAAUAUUUAGCACUAAAAAUAAUCGGUAUUUUUUAAAUAAAAUUAGAACGAUCUAGCAGACUGUGAACAAUCUUCCUAAAAAUGUGUGUCGCUCGGUAUAGCUGGUUAAACCACGCUCAAAGGGAAAAUUAUGUUUAACUUAUUGUCUUAAUUUUUAUUAUCGCUUUUUAUUUUUGUACGCGGGUAACAUUACGUGUUUUUUUUUUGUUUUUGUUUUUGUUUUUUUUAAUUUUUUUUUAAUUUUUUUAUUUUUUAACGAAAUUUCAACUUUGUGACGUUUUUCGUCAAUGCGAGCUUAUUACUUUUCCGGAAAUGAAAAAACAAACUCGCACACGAUUAGUUCAAUUGUAAUUAUUUCAUAAACAUGCUGAGUUGCGAGAAUCUGAAAUAGACUGGAAACCAUCAACUUAUUCUCAUCGCUGUGCGACGGCAUUACUUGGACGUUUAGAUACAUUAUUAUUAUUAUUACAUUUAGGUACCGUGAAUGUUAUUUAACGAUAAUAAUGGUAGAUUGCAGUGUCAUAAAAGUUUGCAGUGAAACUGUCGCGUUGAGAGUGCCUCCAGAGCGAUCUUUACGCAAAUUAAAAAAAAAAAGAGAUUAUCAAAAAAAAACUUACAAUGUCUCGAUAUUAUCCGAAGAUUUGUCACAGCGAAAAAAAUGUUUACCCGUUCUUUAUUUCUAUAAAUUUUUUUGUACCAUACUUUUAGUGCUGCGCACUGAUACUCUUGACAAUUUUACACAGUUAAAUCAAAUAAACUACAUAAAAAAAUGUCUUUGAUUAAAUAACUUUAUACAAAAAUUUUUUUUCGCUGAAUACGUUAUAGAUACGUCACUUACAUAUUUUAUUUAUUUAUGCAUCCUUAUUUUCAUUGAGUAUAUCGAAUGUACGUUGACCAUGAUAAAAUUUAACGACAAAAGUUACAAAAUGAAUUGGAUUGAUAAUAGUUAAGAAGUGAUUUUCAACGAUAUUUUUAUCUGCUUUUUCUCAAUUAUUUUCUUAAAGCAUAUUGAAAAAAAUUAACAAACUAGGGUAAGAAAAGUAUGAAUAGUUUUGAGCAAUAGCGUCUCUGUAAAUAAAUAUUUCAGAAAAAAGAUUUAACGAAUUUUUAAUAGAAAUAUGAAAGUUUAAGUAUUUAAAAAAACGAGAGGUUUUAAAAAAAUUGCAUAGUUGUGUAGUCGCGGAUGUCCGAUUACUUUGUAAAUUAUGUCAAUCGAUCGAUUAUAAAAAUAGGUGCUGAUGUAAUGUAGUUGGAUAUUACAUGCAUUCGUAUUUAUUAAUCACAAACGAUCAAACGAUUCCUAAUUUUUUUAUAGUGAAAGAUAUAUAUUCUUGUGAUUAAUAAAGACGCAAUAUUUAAAUUAUUCAUUAAAAUAAAUCUAAAGCUUUGUAAAAAUAUGUAUCUUUCUUUUUUUAUUGUCAAAGCCUACAUAGUUCCGAAUUAUACCUUGAUUUUAACAAUUUUACUUUUUAUAACGAGCAAAUUUAAUUCUAUGGGCAAUCAAAGAAAUAUUUUACAAUUCUUCAUUUGUUACAGAGACAACAUAUGUAUUAUCUAGCCGAAAACUGCAAAUUUUUAAAAAUGUAACAGAAUAUGAAUAUGAAAUUAAUAUCUUACUAAAAUGUUGCGAAACAUCUUCUCCAUUACAGUGGUAUUCAUUAAUUUGGUGGAGCAGAUAAAAGUUUACUUCCUGCUAACUUCAUGCCAAUUUCCGAGGUCGGUAGCGACGACUUAAUACAUAAUAACAUACGAGCUGGACGCGGCGUUUCCAAAUGCACUACCCAAACGACCGAAACAUGCUAUUUUUUCUCACGUUUCGCACUAAUUUGUAUUCGCACCGUCAACUCAGACUGAGGUAGAAAACAGCUAUGUAUCAGGAACGAGAAACAAUAAGAAAGUCCAACAAUAACAGAUUUUUUAUUAAUAUUCACCAAAAAUUAUAAUAAUCUUACUUUUCUAUCAAGAAUGUUAAAAAUAAUGUUUAUUAUUAUUGUUGAAUAAUAGCCAUUUAUUCUAAUUGUAACUGAUAUCAUUUUAUGCCACCUUAGAAUCUGAUAGAUGAAU